UGAUCUCGAGAGCACUUGCUACCUUGAGGUAAGGUACUCUGAUCACCGGAUCUUAUGUUCUCGCUGAAAACAAAACAGCAGACCACCCUGACGUCAAGAAUCGGCAGCUGUCCCUUCAGCGCCAGCCAUGACUAAUCCCGGUUUUCGGCCGGCACUGCUGGUCGUUGACAUGCAAGAGGACUUUUGCCCUCCGAACGGCGCACUCCCCGUCCCCGAAGGCCGCUCUAUCAUCCCGCUCAUCAACACCCUCCUCUCUCUGCCGACCUUCCACCUCAAGAUCGCCACCAAAGACUGGCACCCACCAGACCACAUCUCGUUCGCGAGCAACCACACCAACACCACCACCCACACCACCAAACGUCCCUUCCUCGACACCACAACCAUCACCAACCCGCACAACCCCUCCGAAACCUACACGACGCGCCUCUGGCCGGUGCACUGCGUCCAGUCCACGCCAGGCGCCUCCCUCGUCCCGGAGCUUGCGACCGCCCAGCUAACGCACACGAUCGAAAAGGGCCAGGACCCGCGCGUGGAGAUGUACAGCGCCUUCUACUCCCCUCUCAAGGACCCGCGCGUGUCCGACAGCGGGCUCGCGGCGCUGCUCCGCUCGCACGGCAUCACGCACGUGUACGUGGUCGGGCUGGCGGCGGACUACUGCGUGCGCUGCACGGCCGAGGACGCCGUGGCUGAAGGGUUCGAGACGUACGUGGUUGAGGAAGGGACGAGGGCCGUGGAUCCGGGGUUGUGGGGGGGGUGUAAGGCGGAGAUGGUGGGGAAGGGGUCUGUUGAAGUCGAUACUGGAAGCCUGUAGAGCGCGGGGUUGAGUACAACGCUUGAGCCAUGGUCACAUAGGGCUUAUGAUGAAAGUACAAGAAUUGCAUAAAAUCAUGAUCAUGGAUCACGCG